UUGGGCUGUGCGCGCUGCGCGGUGAGAAGUGUCGCUCCGAGCCGAGAGGGCUUCAGUGGAUGUCGCUGCUCCUGGGCCGCACGGUUCCGCUGUCAUUCGCGCACAGAGUCACCGCCUGCCGGCCGUCGCCAGUGUCCGGGCCCGCCCCGCUCCGCGCCGCGCUAAUAAAACUCAGAGCGAUACCUACUGUUACACACAGCACCGUCCGCCGCCACAAUCCCACAGCCAUGCCCGAAAGGAGGCCCUUCGUACGGUUACCGACUGACGUUUACCCGGUCAACUACGGCUUGUGUCUGAAGCCCGACCUCAUCGACUUCACGUUCGAGGGCAAGCUGGAGGCGCUGGUGGAGGUGACACAAGCCACGAAUCAGAUCGUGAUGAACUGCGCCGACAUCGACAUCAUCACGGCGUCCUUCUCCCCGGAGGGCGGGGACGAAAUUAACGCUACAGGCUUCAACUAUCAGAACGAGGAUGAGAAAGUCACGCUGUCGUUUCCCAGCGCUCUACAGAAAGGCUCCGGCGCGUUGAAGAUCGACUUCGUGGGCGAGCUGAACGACAAAAUGAAGGGAUUCUACAGAAGUAAAUACACGGCUCCGGCAGGGGAGGUCCGCUACGCCGCCGUCACACAGUUCGAGGCCACGGACGCUCGCAGAGCUUUCCCCUGUUGGGACGAACCGGCCAUCAAAGCGACCUUUGACAUCACCCUGAUCGUUCCCAAGGACCGAGUAGCCUUGUCCAAUAUGAACGUCAUCGACCGAAAGCCGCACCCGGAGGACGAGAACCUGGUGGAGGUCCGGUUCGCCACCACGCCCGUCAUGUCCACCUACCUGGUGGCGUUCGUCAUCGGCGAGUACGACUUCGUGGAGAGCCAGUCGUCGGACGGCGUGACGGUGCGCGUCUACACGCCGGUGGGGAAGGCGGAGCAGGGCAAGUUCGCCCUGGAGGUCGCCACCAAGACCCUGCCCUUCUACAAAGACUACUUCAGUGUUCCUUAUCCGCUGCCGAAAAUUGACCUCAUCGCCAUCGCAGACUUCGCUGCUGGUGCCAUGGAGAACUGGGGCCUCGUUACCUACAGGGAGACGGCGCUGCUCAUCGACCCCAAGAACUCCUGCUCGUCGUCCCGGCAGUGGGUGGCGCUGGUGGUGGGCCACGAGCUGGCCCACCAGUGGUUCGGGAACCUGGUGACGAUGGAGUGGUGGACCCACCUGUGGCUGAACGAGGGCUUCGCCUCCUGGAUCGAGUACCUGUGCGUGGACCACUGCUUCCCGGAGUACGACAUCUGGACCCAGUUCGUGUCGGCGGACUACACCCGCGCCCUGGACCUGGACGCGCUGGACAGCAGCCACCCCAUCGAGGUCAACGUGGGCCACCCCUCCGAGGUCGACGAGAUAUUCGACGCCAUCUCUUACAGCAAGGGCGCCUCCGUGAUCCGCAUGCUGCACAACUACAUCGGAGACGAGGACUUUAGGAAAGGAAUGAACGCCUACCUGUUGAAGUUCCAGAAUAAGAACGCGUCGACAGAGGACCUGUGGGACUGUCUGGAACAGGCCAGCGGGAAGCCCAUCGCCGCCGUCAUGAGCUCGUGGACCAAGCAGAUGGGCUUCCCCAUCAUCGUGGUGGACCAGGAGCAGCAAGGCGACGACCGCGUCCUGAAGAUCUCCCAGAAGAAGUUCUGCGCCAGCGGACCACAUGACGGUGAGGACUGCCCCAGCUGGAUGGUCCCCAUCAGCAUCUGCACCAGCGAGGACCCCAAAUGCUCCAAACUCAAGGUUCUGCUGGACAGACCCGAGACCUCCGUCACCCUGAGCAGCGUGGGUCCGGACCAGUGGGUCAAGAUCAACCCCGGCACGGUGGGCUUCUACCGCAUCCAGUACAGCUCGUCCAUGCUGGAGAGCCUGCUGCCGGGGGUCCGGGACCUCAGCCUGCAGCCGGUGGACCGGCUGGGCCUGCAGAACGACCUCUUCUCCCUCUCCCGUGCAGGGAUGAUCAGCACGGUGGAGGUGCUGAAGCUGAUGGAGGCCUUCGUCAACGAGCCCAACUACACGGUGUGGAGCGACCUGAGCUGCAACCUGGGCGUGCUGUCCUCGCUGCUGUCCCACACCGACUUCCACGAGGACAUCCAGGAGUUCAUCCGCGACCUCUUCACCCCCAUCGGGACGGAGCUGGGCUGGGACAGCAAGCCUGGAGAGGGCCACCUGGACGCCCUGCUCAGAGGUCUGGUCCUGGGGAAGCUGGGGAAGGCGGGACACAAGCCCACCCUGGAGGAGGCCCGGCGGAGGUUCAAGGAGCACGUGGAGGGAAAGCAGGUCCUGCCGGCGGACCUCCGGAGCCCGGUGUACCUGACGGUGCUGAAGCACGGGGACAGCAACACCCUGGACACCAUGAUGAAGCUCCACAAGCAGGCGGACAUGCAGGAGGAGAAGAACCGCAUCGAGCGGGUGCUGGGCGCCAUCUCCGCCCCGGACCUCAUCCAGAAGGUCCUGACCUUCGCCCUGUCGGAAGACGUCCGUCCUCAGGACACGGUGUCGGUGAUCGGCGGAGUCGCAGGAAGCAGCAAGCAGGGCCGCAAAGCAGCCUGGAAGUUCGUGAAGGACAACUGGGAGGAGCUCUACAACCGCUACCAGGGAGGCUUCCUCAUAUCCCGGCUCAUCAAGCUCACAGUCGAUGGAUUCGCCGUCGAUAAAAUGGCUGCUGAAGUGAAGAGUUUCUUCGAGAGCCACCCGGCGCCGGCGGCCGAGCGCACGGUGCAGCAGUGCUGCGAGAACAUCCUGCUCAACGCCGCCUGGCUGAAGCGCGACGCCGACGACAUCCAGCAGUAUCUGCUGCGGCGCAGAGCCCCGCCCGUCUGAGCCGCCGCCGCCGCCGCGGACCUCCCCCUCCCCACCUCCCCUCCCCCCUCGGCCCGGAGCGGACGGCGGCGCGUCGACUCAAUGGCCGGCUUCAUUUCUCUGAAGGAGACUGUAGAAGAAGACGAAGCUCCGACGGAACCAAGAGACGAUUCAACAAGCAGGAACACAACGCCAGUCCGGGACGGAGGCCGACGGCCCGCCGCCCAGCCUGACCCCCACAAACACACACCUCAAAUACACACACACACACUGUAACACACACCUCAAACACACACACUCACUGUAACACACAGCAGAGAAACACACACACACACACCCCACAAACACACAAUCAGUCCAGGAUGGAGGCAGAUGGCCCGCAACUCAGCCUGUCCCCUAGACACACACACACACACACACCAAGAAAACACACACAUCCCCCGGGAAAAAAACACAAACCCCCCCCCCCCACAGAACCACACACACACUGUAACACCCCCCAGAAACACACCAUCAGUCCAGGGACGGCCCGCUGCUCAGCCUGUCUCAAGCUCCGCCCCCAGAAACACCGACCAUAACACACACACCCACACACCCUAGAAACACACACACCUCUCGCUCAAACGCUCUAACAACCUCUGCUCCGUAGCUGAGAAAACUGUGAACCCCCCCUUCUUCCUCCUCCUCCUCCUCAGUUCAGACCUUCCUGGUGGCGGUGGAGCGGGCCGGGCCGGACAUGAGGUGGGGUCAGGGUGGGGGGCGACCCCAGUCGUUUCCAGCAGCACUUAGAGCUGGGGGUCGGGGGGCGGCGAGCAGCCAGCAUGGUACGACUCUAAACUGUAAUGCAAGCUUCUUUCUUUUCUCUCCUUCUGCUUUGAGAUGAAUUAACGGAGCGCUGAACGGAAGCCCGCUCCCACUCCCUGCGCCGCCAGUUUGUAAACUUCCGAUCAUCCACCCACAUAUUUAAUCCCGUUUGUGAAACCGGACGGAGACCCCCGGCCCGUUUUUAUAAGACGUCACACGCAGUGGUUUAUUUAAAAUGUUGAGAUGAUCUUCUAUAUGAGAGAACCGGAGGAAGCGCCGCCACACUACUCGCCGCCGGGGCCUUCCCGCUCUGCAGCACCAUCAGGAAACGCCUCCUCCUCAGAAGGGUCCGGCGCUCCGCCGCCCGCCCGCCGCUGACCCGCUCCCACUCGGAAGCCUUAAAUUGGGUCGACCGGUUUGCGGUUAAAUCUUUAAAAAAAAAAAACACAAAGAAAAUCACUGAAGUGACAGUAGGCGACUUCCACGUGAGCUUCGGUUGUAUCUAACGUGACAGAAUAUGCA